UCCGAGUGUACCGUACCUACCGUACGGAACGGAACGGAAACCGCACCGUAAUCAGCAUUCACACGAAAAAAAUCAGAGGAGGAAUAAAACUGAAACAAGUCACAGGGUUCGUAUUCGUUACAGCAGACGCAGCAUCCAAAGUUCGCAAUUGUCUGUUGUUUUUGGCUGGUGUAAUCGAUAAUCGAUACAGACGAAGAAAUUGCGUAUGGCAAUAGAAAACAACUUACUCGGCUCAAACGGAACAUACCCGCAAGCGUAAAACAAUGACGACGCCGUCCGCAUUUCUUAUUGGUGUCGUCUUUGCCCUGGGUUGCCAACGCCGCCAACCGGUUGCAACCGCACAGAGCGAUGGGAAUUUCUGGAGCGACGCCGGCGCAAGCUCAAACGAAUACACGGUCAACAGCGUGAUUGCUCGCACGGACACCUCUUCCGAAGCUUCCAGGAAAAUCCUGCUCGACUUGUACUCGGCCACGGGGGGAUCCGAUUGGACGGAUUCAACAAACUGGAUUCAGCAAGGCAGCACCGACGUCUGCGAUUGGAAGGGUGUUUCUUGUUACGAUGGAUCGUCGUAUCCUAGUCGCAAGGGGCACAUAGAGCAGAUUGAUUUGCGGGACAACAAUCUGGGUGGAACACUUCCCGAGAACAUUUUUGACUUGCCUUACCUCGAAUCUGUCAAUUUUGAGGGAAACCCAGACCUUCGUGUCGACCUAUCCAAGGGGUUAAGCGAUGCUCAAUUCUUGCGAUUCCUUAUCUUGAGUAACACUCAAGUAUCCAAUUUGGAAGGUGUUGGGAAUGCAAAGAAAUUGGAGGUAUUGCACAUAUCGAACAUGAAGCUAGAUGGAAUGAUUCCUGCUUCUCUCUUCAACCUUCCGAGCUUGAAAGUUUUACAUGCUAAUGAUAAUCUAUUUUCUGGACCUUUACCCGCGGGAAUUGGGCAACUGACAAAUCUGGAAGAACUUACUCUUAAAAACAACGAGCUGACGGGGCAGCUACCGAAUGAACUUGGACAGUUAUCACUAAUUCAAAUAUUGACCCUCACAAACAAUGCCUUUGCAGGCACAUUGCCCGCGCAAGCGUUGGAACAAAUGACAAGUUUACGGACCCUGUCCAUCCAGCGCAUUCCCACGGUGGGUAGCAUGGAUUCGGUGAAGGGGCCAGGCAUUGCCGGAUCCAUUCCUGCAUUCCGCAGCCACAGAAGAUUAACCAAAUUACAGCUGGAAAAUCAACGACUCGAUGGCAGCCUCGAUUCCGACUUUUUGCUGCAGAGUCCUACGGGAGAGGCGGUGGAAGUCGAUUUGCGGGGGAAUGUUUUGACUGGGCGAGUCCCGCCUUCAUUGCUAGACAAACGAUUCCUGAGUUUGUAUCUAGCAGGAAACCAAAUCACCAACGUUCCUCGUCAAAUAUACGAUGCACCCACAAAUACCUGUACAGGAAUCAGGGAUUGGAUGAGCGGAGACGUCGUCAGUUUUGGAUGUCAGGCAUUUUUGUGUCCCCCGGGAACAUGGGCAUCUCAAGGCAGAGCUACUUCUGCUUCGCGUUGCCAGACAUGCUUCGACAAUAAUUCUGUUUGGGGUCGCACACAAUGUAAAUCUUCUAUUUCUACCACGGAACUGGAACGGCAGAUUUUGGUGAAUUUCUACAACGCUCUAGAUGGGCGUCACUGGAAGGUUGAUCGAAAUUGGAUGGAACUCGACGAAGAAGUUUGCGAGUGGCAUGGAAUUGGCUGUGACUUGUCUACUAGACGUGUCACAUCCAUAUCGCUUCGAAACAAUGGACUCAGUGGAAUGGUUCCAUCAGAUUUGUUCGACCUUGCAAGCCUGAAAAGCUUAAAUUUGGAAUCGAAUCAAAUCGAGGUCGACUUUACUAGCGUAAGCAAAGCUGUCAACCUUGAAUCCCUUGAUUUAACGGCAACGGGUCUUCGAUUCGUGAAUACGCUUCAAGAUUUAUCAUCCCUUCCAAACUUAAAGUUUUUUUCACUGGCCUCAAAUGGAUUAAAGGGCGCGAUCCCGGAGGCUAUAUUUCAGUUGACUUCGUUGGAAGAUAUCGAUUUGGCUUACAAUGAUUUUUCUGGAACUCUCAGUUCUCGUCUCGGUGAUUUGACCAACUUGAGGAGGUUUGCAUGCGAUGGUGCACAGAUGACUGGCCAGCUGCCAACACAGAUUGGACUGUUGGCGAAAUUGGAGGAAUUUUUGGCAUCCGAAAAUGAAUUUACGGGUACCCUCCCAAAGUCUUUGAACUCUCUGACGAAUCUGCGAAGUUUGGAUCUCCAACAAGUAACAAGAAACGGGGUAGGAAUCGGGGGUCCUCUUCUCUCCUUUACAAACAUGGAGCAGCUUCAAUCUUUGCAUUUGGAUUCAAACUCCUUGACAGGAACUCUCCCAUCGAACUUCUUGAUUAACAGUAGGCGUUUGCAAAUCGGGAUUUAUGUCGGCUUGAGUGACAACAAAUUCCAGGGCACCAUUCCGGAUGGUUGGUCCCGUUUUGAUGAACUCUUUCUUGAUUUGACUGGCAACAAAAUCAGUGCGAUUUCUGAAUCCCUUUGCUCAAAACCUGGUUGGAUGAAUGGUGCCGUGAAGAAUUUUCAAUGCGAUGCUAUUCUCUGUCCAGCAGGAACAUAUAGCAAUGUUGGUUACAAGACCGACGAAAAUUCUAGCUGUAUUGAUUGCCCUGGUAGUGCAAGCAUGGGUGCAACAUAUUGUGGUGGAAAAGGAUCGACAGAUAUCUCGUCUGAGUUGAACAUUCUUCUUGAUAUCUAUAGUGCUACCGGAGGUGAUCAGUGGGAUAGUGCAGAUGGAUGGGAAAAUUCCAGUAGUUAUUGCGAUAGAUUUCACGGAGUAGAGUGUGAUGGAGCAGGGCGUGUUACUGUUAUUAAUCUUUCCAAUAACAACUUGAAGGGUACAAUUCCCCAAUCUGUGUUCAAGCUGAAUUUUCUUCGUGAACUCAGACUUUCUGGGAAUCCUGUGGAGUUAACUUUUGAAUCAAUUGGCGAGGCAACAAGAUUGAUUAAUUUGUUUCUCGACAAGAUCAAUAUAAAGACCCUGGAAGGAAUCGGGAAUGGUUUGAACCUUCAAAUUCUCAACUUGGCAGACAACAAUCUCGAUGGCACAGUUCCUGACGAUCUCUAUCGUAUCUCCAGUCUCAAAAAGCUUGACCUUGGAUACAACUUAUUCUCUGGCGCAUUGAAAGAUGUCAUUGGAGGAUUGAAAUCAUUGGAAUCCCUUCACUUGUACCACAAUCAAUUUACUGGACGUAUUCCUGCUACAAUUGGGGAUCUAGUUAAUCUUGAAGAAUUGAAUUUGGCUGAAAAUAAUUUUGAAGGAACAAUUCCAAUUGAGCUUAAUGACCUAACAAACUUGAGAUUCCUCUCCCUUCAGCGUGAAGGUGGUAUCUUGGGAACUCUGGACAUAGGAAUAAAUCAAGGAAAGAGCAGUUUUGACGGCAUUGGGCUGACGGGGCCCUUGCCAGCCUUCGACAAGUUUACUCGUAUAGAAGAAAUGUAUCUUGGCGUCAAUAGUUUGACCGGAUCGAUUCCUUAUAACUUCUUGGGUGGAGUAAAAAACAAGGCCGAGCAAAUCAAAAUUGACCUAACGUCAAACGUGUUGACCGGUACUCUCCCUGCGUCUUUGACUCAGUUCGAUAACUUAUCGUUGUAUGCCGCUGGAAAUCGCGUGAGUGGUAUUGCGGAUGGUCUUUGUCAGAAGUCUGGUUGGAUGAGCGGCGAUGUUGGAUCAUUUCAAUGCGAUGGAAUACUAUGUCCUAUUGGCACCUAUAAUGACGUCGGUCGUAAGAACGGUGACGCGCAGAUUUGUCAAAUAUGCGCUACUGGGACAAACGGAUAUCUUGGGAGUUUUGAUUGUUUGUCUUCAAGUGAGGUCCAAGAGGGAUCAGACCGUGAAGUCUUGGAAAAGCUAUACUAUGCUAUGGAUGGUCCUAACUGGGUUGACAAUACAGGUUGGUUGGAUCCAGAUGAGAGUAUCUGUAACUGGACAGGUAUUCAAUGUGAUUCCACUAGUGCCAAGUCAGUUUCUUCGAUCGAUCUAAGUUAUAACAGAUUGAGCAAUCAACUCCCUAGCGAAAUAUACCAACUUCCAAAUUUGCAAGAACUGAAUCUUCAAGGCAACGCUAUCAUGUUCACAUUUAAUGGGAUAAGAAAUGCAGCAAACCUAGAAUUAUUGGAUCUUGAGGACACUGGGCUUACCUCGCUUUUUGGCAUUGGCCAAGCUGGCAACCUUAAACUUCUCCGGGUCGAUAACAACAACUUUGCAUCAUUCCCAAGUGAAGUUUUUGAUCUAUCACGUCUUGAAGUGCUCUCCCUAUCUGGCAACUCAUUUUCCCAACAACAAAUGCCGAGUGAAUUGCAAUCUUUCAAUUCAAUGACUUAUUUUGCUUGCUCGGGAUGCGGCUUCACGGGAACCCUUCCUGGUUGGCUUGGCUCAAUGCAGAAUCUCCAGUAUUUGAAAUUGUCUCAAAAUGCGUUGUCGGGAUCCUUACCAUCUGAUCUUGAGCGCAUCACAACGUUGAAACAUUUGGAUCUUUCCGAUCAAGAUACUCUUGGUUGGGGACUCGGUGGGAGUCUUCUUUCAUUUUCAAACCAAACUGAUCUUACGGAACUUUACUUGCAACACAACAAUUUCGAAGGUGAAAUACCUGCUACUUUCCUAUCCAACCUCAGAAAGAAUGAUCUCGUUACUGUGGAUCUUCGAUACAAUCGGUUUCAGGGCACUUUGCCAACGCAGCUUGGAAACAUUAAUCAGCUCAAUUUGUACGUAGCAUCGAAUAAUUUCCAAAGUAUUCCUCAGUCUCUUUGCCAAACUGUUUGGAAUAAUGGUGAUGUGGCAGAAAACGGAUGUGACGCUAUUCUUUGUCCAGCAGGGACCUUCAAUGCAUUUGGUCGUGAAACGGCGGGUGUUGACUGCUUUCCGUGUGACGAUCAGCUAUCUAUGCAAAAGCUUGGAAAUACAUUCUGCGGAUCGGUCCUUGAGCAUGAAUCACUCAAAGUUCUCUAUCGGUCUUUUGGAGGCCCAGACUGGACUUCAUCCAACAAUUGGCUCGUAAGCGAUGAUCACUGCACCUGGGAAGGUAUCACAUGUUGGAGCAGUGGUGAAUUCAAGGGUCUUGUCAAAAGGAUAGAACUUCCGGAUAAUAAUUUGGUUGGAGCGAUGCCAUUUGCUCUCAUAUGGCAGCUAGAAGGACUAACUUAUGUUGAUCUUCAGAAGAAUGAUAUCUCUUUGCCUUUUGCCAUGAUAGCAAAUGCUAUCAAUCUUGAGACCAUCAUCCUGUCGUACACCUCGACCAACUCAUUGGAGGGUAUUGGAAAUGCGAAGUCUCUGAAAGAAUUACAUCUAACAAGUGCAGCACUGACAGGUAUGAUUCCUGAGGAACUAUUUUCUUUACCCCUCCUGGAAAGAUUAUUCCUCAGUCAUAAUCAAUUUUCGGGAACAAUGUCUUCUGGGUUUGGGCAACUUAAACAGCUCAAAGACUUAUACUUGCUUGGAAACGACUUGGAGGGAACAAUUCCUACUGAACUUGGUUACCUGGCUCAACUAGAACACUUGUCAAUUGGUAGAAAUAGGUUGGAGGGGUCGAUACCGAGACAGAUUACGUCGCUGCCGUUGCUUCAAUUUCUAUCUUUAGAGGGCGAAUCAGAUCCAUCUGCGAGCUCCUUUGCAUCGGCUGGGGGAUUGUCCGGUUCCCUUCCAGCACUGGAUGGAUUUCCCCGUAUCCGUGAGCUCUAUCUUCAACACAAUAGUCUUACUGGAACAAUACCCAGGCGUUUCCUGCAAGGUGUUCACGACAAAAACGUGGAUACUAUCGUGGACUUGAGUUUCAACAACAUUGAUGGUUCAAUUCCUACAGAACUUUCUAACUUCGAAAAGUUGAACUUGUUGCUUGUCGGGAAUGAAGUCUCUAGUGUUCCAGAAGCAAUUUGCAAGAACGUUGGAUGGAUGAGUGGCGAGGUUGCAAAUAGUUGUGAUGCUAUUCUUUGCCCUCCUGGAACGUUCAACACCGAUGGACGUCAAGUUGACUCGAUGAAUCCUUGUCAAACUUGUACGUAUUCAGGUUCCGCACGAAAGUAUGGCUCUACGAUGUGUGCCCCUGGAUCUUCCGAUUCCCUCGAUAAUCGAUCGAUUCUUUUUGACCUCUACGAUGCAACUGGUGGCGGCAGCUGGACUUCCUCGAAGGGAUGGAAAUCUGACAAAAUUCCAUACUGUGACUGGUAUGGUGUCACUUGUGCAACAGGGCCAUCUGGCGAAAUUCGCGUUUCAGAGUUGAACCUUGCCGAAAAUAACUUGAAUGGUGUUGUUCCUUCUAAAAUAUUUUUUCUCGAAGGCUUGGAGAAACUCGACGUGAGGAAAAACCCUGUCUCAAUAACUUUCCAAGACAUAGGGCAGGCAUCUGAGCUAAAGGAACUAUACGUAGAUGAGACUUUAAUUAAGAACAUGGACGGACUUGGUGGCGCCAAAAAGCUCCGAAUCCUCCAUGCGUACAAGAAUGCAUUUGGCGGAAAAAAGAUCCCAGAUGAAAUUUUCGACAUCUCUACCCUUACCGACAUCAAUCUUUCGGAUUCUAUGUUGUCAGGUCCCUUGAGCAAAAAAGUGGGUCAGUUGACCAACUUGCAACGCAUUGCUCUGGAUAGAAAUUCUCUCAGUGGGGAGCUCCCGGACCAACUUGGCCAGCUGAAGGCCCUGAAGGAACUCGAGAUUUCUGACAAUGAAUGGAUUGGUACCCUGCCCACGAGUUGGAUGGGAAUGAGGGCACUCGAGGGUUUGUUUUUGAACAAUAACGAGAAGAAGACUGCGGGAAUAACCGGGCCUUUGAUUUCGUUUGCAAACUUGCCGAACUUGAGAGAAUUACAGAUGUCCAACAAUCAAUUGACCGGUACAAUUCCAUCCGACUUUAUGUCUGGAAUCGCGGAUACGAAUAAGGUCGUUAGGGUUCGUCUCGAUGAGAACCACCUUGUUGGAACUCUGCCGUCUGCUCUUCAGAGUUUUUCAAAACUCAACAUCGAUGUCACGGGCAAUCUUGUUACUGCCAUUGCCGACGGCUUGUGCAAUCUAUCCGAAUGGAACGAUGGGAACGUCGGACGGUUUGGGUGUGCCGGCAUUUUGUGUCCUGCGGGGACGUUUAGUGCAUCCGGACGACAGACAAGCUCGAACGACACCUGCCAGCCCUGUCCCGGGGAUGAAAGUUCCCCCUAUCUCGGAGUAACUACUUGUCUUUCACUCAACAAACAGCGGGAGAAGGACAUUCUGACGAAAUUCUUCCAGGCAACCAACGGAAAGGAUUGGUUGAAGAACGAAGGAUGGACAGAUCCCAGCUCUGACGUUUGUUCAUGGUUUGGUAUAGAAUGCAAGGAAGGCUCGACCGUCGAGAGUGUUCAUCUCGGUAGUAACUUCUUGGUGGGAUCUGUGCCCAACGAAAUCUUUGACCUUCCCAACCUGAAAUCCCUUUGGUUGUACUCGAAUCCCGUUCAAAUCAGCCUGGAAGGCAUUGGGAACGCCGGCAAGCUGGAGAGUUUGCUGCUGGGGUCCACCAAGCUACAAUCUCUGGACGGAAUCCAGAACGGCUUGUCUCUGGUGGACCUCGAUGUUGGAUUCAAUCAACUAUCCGGUCCGAUACCGUCCUCGAUGGAGAACCUGGUGAAUCUCGAGAGUUUUGGUGGGGCGGUCAAUCGAUUCACCGGAACGGUCCCCGGCUUUUUUGCCCUUCGCAAGAUCGGUGCCAUCCACCUGGGGGACAACCGGUUCACGGGGAGCCUUCCGUCUUUCUCCCGCCAUCCAAACCUCCGAUCGCUCGACCUUUCCGGCAACGGCAUCGAAGGUUCUUUCCCGUCCGACUUUUUGGAAAGCGUCGAUCCGGACGAGAAGCUCUUUGUGGAUCUCUCCGACAACGCGCUGACCGGCAGCCUCCCGGGAAGCCUGAGCCGGGUGCGGGACCUGACCAUCUACCUGCGGGACAACCGCAUCGGAGGCAUCGAUGCGGCCCUGUGCGCCAGCGAGGGCUGGAACGGGGGGGACGUUCGUUCCUUUCGGUGCGACGGGAUUCUGUGCCCGGUUGGGUUUUUCGCGGCCGGCCACGGGCGGGCGUCCCUGUCCGGAUCUUCCUGCGAGCCCUGCCCGAAGAACAAGUACUACGGGGGCAGCACCUGCGGCGGAAGCGCGGCGGCGGCGCCGGGCCCGACCCUGGCGCUGGCGCCGGCCCUCGCGGGACUGCUGCUGGUGGCGUGGGUGGUGUGAGGCCGCGGCGCGGCGCGGAGCGGAGCGGACGCUUUUGCGCGGUGCGGUCCGGUGCCCGGGUGUUCCGAGACGGGUGCGUCGGAAACCAUCCGAUCCCUCGAACCGUGGCACGACACCGAUCUCGUCGUCGCCUCUCGGCACGAGAACUACUUGUAGCUAGUUUGUUAGUUAGAUUUGAUUUGAUUUGAUUAGAUUUGAUGCGAUGCGAUGCGAUAGGAUACGAUACUAUACUAUACUAUACGACACCA